AUGAUUCGACGUGGAUCCAUCUCUCCGGAACCAAAUCGAUCAUCGCCCAUAGUUCAACAACAAGCAAACAACCAGUCAACUCCACAACAGUUCUUGAACAGACGAAUCAGCCGCAGUGCGCCUAUGAGGACUGAACUUCACGAUAAAAAAUAUAUUCCCACACCCGGAACACCCAACAAUGUUCAUCGACAUGACAUGAACGCAGCAGAUAAUAACAAUCAGCGUUAUUCAGACAUCUCCAUUUCUCCAUCACGUCCACCUUCCGCUGCAAUAGCUAAACAAACAAUGAGGAUACAGGAACGGACAACGACAUUUAAUCUGCGUGAAAUACUAAGCAAAGCGAGGUGGUCGACAGGGAAAAAGAUCUUAGUGGGUGUAUUAGUCGGUGCUCUUAUUAUCGUGCCAAUUGUUCUGGGUGUAGUGCUCACACGAUCAAAAGCAAUAACAACAACAACAACCACUACGUUUUCGAUAAUUGUUUCUGCAUUGUGGUCAUUUGACAGUACAACAGCAGACUUGUACGGUGUUUACAAUGGUCAACUGGUAAAUGGUGCGACAUAUACUCCGAUCUCGAAUAGUUCUCUAUAUGCACCGUAUGUGGGAUACGGCCGAGCACUCUAUGUGCUAUCGGCGUUAAAUCAAUCAUUUCUCGUCUCCACACCAUUUCUCGAUCUAAACUACACGAGUUUCACCAUUGAAGCUUGGAUUUAUUCAACAACAAGUUAUACGGGUGAUCAUGGUGUUUUCGGCCAAUGUCAAUGCUCGACAUGUGCAAAUCAAUGUUUGUAUUUCAUUGUUCGAGCAAGUCGUCUAUACAUCGGUUUCACACUGAACGACUUGGCCGGUUCACUGACUCUGUCAACUAACACUUGGUAUCACAUUGCCUUUGUUUAUAAUUAUCAAACACAACAACAAAUAUUGUAUUUGAAUGGAGUACAAGACACUAUCAAGUCGAAUUCAGGACCUUAUCAGGGAACAAAUGGAAGCAUUCAAAUUGGUUCUACUCAAGUUUUUCUGACAAUAAACUAUUUCAACGGUUAUAUUGAUAAUCUAAAAGUAGUAACGCGAGCAAAAUCUUCGGACGAAAUUCUCACCGAUGCAUCAGUGGCAGCCUAUUAUUCAUUUGAUCUGCCCUAUCCGAACAAUGACAACGGUCCAAAUGGAUUAAAUGGAACCUCUGUAAAUACAGUAAUGGUCACUGGACGAGUCAAUCAGGCAAUGCGUUUCACGGGUUCAUCGUCCUAUUUUCAAGCAUACGGUUUUUAUCAAAUUACUUAUGGUGCUUCCAGUGGCAAGUUUUCCGUUUCCAUGUGGAUAAAUCCAUCAUCGAUUGGCAGUUGUACAUUUGUCCAACUGCAAACGAGCUCUACUUCAUGUGUAAAUAUGCUUGGUAUUUCGUCGGUUACUGGAUCUACGGGUCAACUAAUUGCACAAGUCUAUGGUGCGUUCAUUAAUGGUCCAUUUUUAACGUUGAAUACAUGGACACACAUUUCAUGGACAUUCAGUCCGGCGAACGGAUACACAUUGUACGUCAAUGGAAUUCUUUUCGGCGCAACUGGUGCUUCGUCAGCUUCAUCUAGUGGCCAAUUAGCAUGGUUAUACAUUGGAUACGGUCCAUCUUGUAGCAAUUAUUACAAUUGUUACACUCUGUGGUCCCCUUAUUUCUCUAAUAAUUACAUUUCAAACACUGCCUAUCAGGGAUCGAUCGAUGAAAUCUAUAUUCACAAUCGAGAACUGGCACAGGUUGACGUCACUGCUCUUGCUAAUCCGUAA